GGGGGGGGCCGCUGGGUGUGGGGCGGCUCCGGGGCCGGGGAUGGCGGCGGCCGCGGUGGCGGCGGCUCCGGGACGAGCGGGAGGAGUCCAGGGAGCUCCGUGAAAUGGGCCGGCUCCCAAGCCAGAGGGGAGGACACUUACUAAAACUGCUCAGAAGUACCACCAGAAGCUCAGCAGAUGUGGGCACCCCAGCCAGCAGCAGAGAAGGGUGCAGGGAAGCCACAGAGAAGUCCCUUCUGAUGCCCCAAGGAGCAAGCAAACCCCAUCCAGGCUCCAGGAACACCGCAAAGCAAUAUGAAACCUGUUCAUGAAAGGAGUCAGGAAUGCCUUCCACCAAAGAAACGAGACCUCCCUGUGACCAGCGAGGACAUGGGGAGAACUGCCAGCUGCUCCACAAACCACACGCCCUCCAGUGAUGCCUCUGAAUGGUCCCGAGGGGUCGUGGUGGCCGGGCAGAGCCAGACGGGAGCCAGAGUCAGCCUCGGGGGCGAUGGAACUGAGGCCAUCACUGGUCUGACAGUCGAUCAGUAUGGCAUGCUGUAUAAGGUGGCUGUGCCACCUGCCACCUUUUCACCAACUGGCCUCCCAUCUGUUGUGAACAUGAGUCCCUUACCCCCCACGUUUAAUGUAGCGUCUUCACUGAUUCAACAUCCAGGAAUCCACUAUCCCCCAGUCCACUAUGCUCAGCUCCCAUCCACCUCACUGCAGUUUAUUGGGUCUCCUUAUAGCCUUCCUUAUGCUGUGCCACCUAAUUUCCUACCUAGUCCCCUCCUUUCUCCUUCUGCCAACAUUGCCACUACUCACCUUCCACACUUUGUGCCAUAUGCCUCACUCCUAGCCGAAGAAGCUACUCCUCCCCCGCAGGCUGCAUCCCCAGCCCAGCCGUUUAACAAGUCCUCUUCUGCCACCUCCCCACCCGGCCAGUUGCCACAUCACUCCAACGCUCAACCACUGGAUCUUGCUCCAGGCCGGAUGCCCAUUUAUUAUCAAAUGUCUAGGCUACCUGCUGGAUAUACCUUGCAUGAAACUCCAACAGCAGGUGCCAGCCCCGUUCUUACCCCUCAGGAGGGCCAGUCUGCUCUCGAAGCAGCUGCUGCCAAUGGACAGAGACAGCGAGAUCGAAAUGUAGUCCGACGAGAAAGUGAAGCCCUUGAUUCCACCAGCAGCAAGGGUGAAGGCCAAGGACUGGUGCCGGUGGUAGAAGGCAUGGUGGACGGACAGUUGUUUUCAGGUUCUCAGACUCCACAAGUGGAGGUGGCGGCGCCAGCACACCGAGGGACCCCGGACACCGACCUUGAGGUCCAGCGGGUAGUUGGCACUUUAGCUUCUCAGGACUAUCGUGUGGUGGCAGCUCAGAGGAAAGAUGAAGCCAGCCCUCUUAACCUAUCCCAUCAUACCCUUGACCAUCAGGGUGAGGGACGAGGGUCAGCCAGGAAUCCUACAGAACUGGUGGAGAAACAUCAGGCCCGUGUGUUCUACCCUCAAUCCCAUCAGGAACCAGUAAAACACAGACCUUUACCCAAAGCAAUGGUUGUAGCCAAUGGCAACCUGGUGCCCACUGGAACUGACCCUAGCCUGCUGCCUGUAGGCUCGGAGAUCCUGGGGGCACCAAGUCUGGACAUGCAGGCCAGAGCCACCUUCCCAGACAAGGAGCCGUCACCACCUCCCGUUACCUCCUCCCACUUGCCCUCCCAUUUCAUGAAAGGCGCCAUCAUUCAGCUGGCUACAGGAGAGCUGAAGCGGGUAGAGGACCUCCAAACCCAGGAUUUUGUGCGCAGUGCCGAAGUGAGUGGGGGGCUGAAGAUUGACUCCAGCACAGUUGUGGACAUUCAGGAGAGCCAGUGGCCUGGGUUUGUUAUGCUGCAUUUUGUGGUUGGUGAACAGCAGAGCAAAGUGAGCAUUGAGGUGCCUCCCGAGCACCCCUUUUUUGUAUAUGGCCAGGGUUGGUCCUCCUGCAGCCCUGGGCGGACUGCACAACUCUUCUCUCUGCCCUGUCAUCGGCUCCAGGUGGGAGAUGUCUGCAUCUCUAUCAGUUUACAGAGCUUGAACAGUAACUCAGUUUCUCAGACCGGCUGUGCUCCCCCAGGCCAGCUGGCUAUACCCCGAGAAAGGCCUGAGAGGACAGUCUUGGGGCCCAGAGAACUCUGUGACAGUGAGGGGAAGAUCCAACCUUCAGGAGAGGGUUCCCGGGUGGGAGAGCCCUCCCAGCCUGAGCCUGGUGCUCAGGCCUGCUGGCCAGCCCCAAGCUUCCAAAGAUACAGCGCGCAAGGGGAGGAGGCACGGGCUGCGCUGCUCCGCCCCUCCUUCAUUCCACAGGAGGUAAAGCUGUCCAUCGAAGGGCGUUCCAAUGCAGGAAAAUGAACCUCUUUCCCAGCCCAGGACUGGGGCUUUAUCCCCAGAGGUGAGCCUCACCGUGAGCAGCCAGAGGAUUUGCACAUGCCAAGCAGAGAAUGGUUCUCUUGGCAGUGAGAUUUGAGGGAAAUAGGAGGCAUGAAGACAGCCUCCCAAAGCAGGAUCUGUUGCUCAUUAAUUACCCCAUGGCAUCCUUUCAGGACAGCCCUAGGGAUGCUGAGAUGAGGAAUAGCAGGGUUGGAGCAAGAAAGGGCGGGAGUGCACAUAGGAUAAGAAACAUUCCAAAAUCAGGGCCUCCCUGUUUUUUCCUACUCGGUCCUGGCUCCUGCAAGGGAAAGUACAGGCUUUGGGAGCAGGUGGCAGAGGGAGCAAAGAAAGAGCCAAAAAUGAUCCACAGCUUAUAGUAGCAGUAAAACUGUUUUCUUUCUUUUUUCCUCCCCCUCCCUUUCUUGUGGUGGGAGGGCAGGAGGCCCAAUGGUUGAAAAUGAGAAGGUUCCCACCCAGAACUCUUCUUGUGAGAGACGUGCACUUUAAAGGGUGAUUUUUGUUACAGAUGUUUAUGGCUGGGGUUGGGGUUGGGAAGCACCAUGAUCUACGGAACUCUCCUUGACCCUUUGCUUCUGCCCAUUGCCAUCUCACCUCCCAUUCCUCUGUAAGGCUUUCUAGCAGAUUAGGGGCCAAAAGAGAGAGGAGAAAUCCCUUCAGGGCUGAGAAUGAAGGACUGCCUUGCCGGGACCCAGUCGGGGGCUUUGGGGAAAAGACUUGACUGCUAGAUGAUGGGCCCUAGGCAGGGCUUUUGAAAGGUGGCUGACCCAACAAAACUCCCACUCCACGUGUCAGGCCUGCUUUGACAUUUCCCUGAGUCUCUAGUAGUGACUUUGGAAAGACCUGGAGGACCUUUUCCUCUAGGCACCCACACUCCUCCAUUAUCUGUCUAUGUUGUGCCUAAGUGCCUGCGCUGCCCCCGCCCUUCUGCUGCCCUGACCUCUGCAUGGUGUCUUGAUCUGGGCCUCACGUGUAGCUGCACUGCCUUUGUCCACUAAGACCUCUAGUUUUUGGUGUAUAAGGGUCUCUGGUUUCCCUAUCGGCUCUAACUUUUAUACUUAGAAACUCAAUCAUGUCCUCUUUCACUGGCAGUACUGUAGUGGAGAAACAGAAGAAACCAUGCCCUAAGCUGAGCAUUUCC